AUGUCUAGCGCUGUUGGCGAGCAGAUGAUCCCUGGAGCCGAGCCAGGUCAUUAUUCGGCCCCAUCGGAGACCAGAUGCGUUGAGUACUAUGACAUAUCGCGACCAGACCUUCCUUCGAUCGCAAAUACCAAUUUUUGUCUACCAUUUGUCUCCUUGGCGCCGAAGCUAUCCUUACAGAUCAAUCAAUGUACCUAUUGGAACAAGGGAUCUGUAUGGCCAAUCUUCAACAUCUGGCGUCCAGGACUUUUCGGUAUCUCUCUCACACAGCUGGGGCCCGACCCUGUCAAGCUCAGAAACAAGACCGACUUCAUCGUGACAGGAUACGAAGAUGAUAUGGAAGCGUUGAAGACAAAGGACACAAAUGCUAUUUCGUUUAGUACAGAAGGCUUAGUGGCUGGUGUUGAUGUCGACGCUCCUCCCUGGUAUGGUUGUAAAGUGUGCAACUGCCACCGAGGAUACUUAUUCUUGCCAAACGGCGAGCGCUGGAAUUGGAUUGAAAUUGGCGAAGAACAUUAUCAAUUCAAGCGUGAAGAUGAUCGCCGAGAUCAAGAUGUAGCAUCGAAAACGUUGAUUUGGGAGUUCCAGAAUAGCUGGCGACCUUCCGAGGACCUCCCGGCAGACCUCCCAUUUGCUGUAAAUCGAGAUGCUCGAGUCUGUCGAGUCAGCGAAACUCACUCAUUGAUCGGUGGUCCCGUUAUAGCUGGAAGCCCCAUUGCCGUGAUGAAUCAUGAUGGGUUUAUUUUCUUUGAUGGGGUCGGGUCGAAGAUGGCUGAAAUUCAGACCGAGGAUAAUCGUGCUUUCAUUCUUAUGUCCGGACUUGCGAUUGCAAAAUAUGAAGGUUGGUUAGCAGAAGGUUGA